AUGAGCUCUUGCUGUGUUGGGUCGUCUUAUGGUUGGUUAGUAUGUUUGGAUCAAUACGCAUUUCCGUUCCUCUUGAAUCCAUUUACUUGCCAACAAAUUCAACUUCCUCCCAUGGAUUGUUCUUCAUUGCCCACAUUUGCUAGUUGUAGUACUCUUGACUACUUAUACCACGAUACCUCUGUAUGGGUAGAGAGAUUUGUUAAGAAGGCAAUAUUGUCAUCAUGUCCGUCUAAUCUCAACUAUUAUUAUGUGGCAUUAAUCUACGAUGAAAAAUCAAGCUUAGCUUUCUGUAGAGUCAAUGGUGAUGGAUCUUGGACUAAGCUUGAUGGGAAGCAUGCACCCUAUGAAGAUAUAAUCAUAUGUAACCAGACACAGCUUUGUGCAUUGGGUCUUGAUGGCUCUCUUGAGAUGUGGGAUAUAGUUGAGGGUUGUAUUAGUCCUGCAAAGAAGAUGGACAUCAGCUCUGUUGAAAUCAGGAGGAGAGAAGACUCUCAAUGGGGGCGCUUCGGAAACGAACCUGAUCAGAGUCUCAAAUACUAUUUGAUGGAAUCAAGUGGGGGUUUGUUGCUGGUGAUCAGGUAUUUUGAAUACCUUCUUAGAGAAGAUUGUUAUCACCCUUUGUUCAGUUCGGCAUUUCCUGACCAAACUUUACACUUUGAAGUCUUCAAAUUAGACAAUAACCACAAAAUGUGGAUGCAAGUGGAUUCGUUGGGUGAUCAUGUGCUAUUUUUGGGUGGAAGCGAGUCCAUCUCCAUUCCUGUAGUAGAGGACUGCAAAAUGUUGAAACGAGAUUCAAUUUACUUCACCGGUGAUUUAUGGGACCAUAGGCCCGGAGAAUAUCUGUUUGGAGGACAUGACAUGGGGGUCUUUAGUCUGCAAGAUGCGAGCGUAGAAUGUUUCUAUGGAUGUCAUGAGAUGGAAAAGAUAGAAACAACUCCAGUCUGGGUUGUUCCUCAUCCUUGGUUUUGA